UUGUUUUUUUCUGUAUCAAUGGCUACUUUUGCCAAGGUUAUGCUGCUCCUGAGCUCGGUGGCCACUUUCGGGUAUACCUUUUUCGUGGUUGGCAAGCUGAUGCUGUUUCUAUCAACACCUCGAUCCAUUUCGAAGGCACACACCUGGAUUUUCAAUUUACUGGACAACAAGUCCCGGCUGGAAACCGCCUAUGGACCCAUUGUAUUUGACACACUCUACCUGAUAGGAUUCAUCUUCCAGCACAGCUUCCUUAAGUCAGCUCUGGUGAAGAAUUUGUGGAGGAAAUUGGGCUUGGCUGCAGCCGAGCGAACUAUUUAUAGCCUGACGUCAUCGAUUUGUUUACAUUAUCUUCUGAAGAACUGGCUGCCUGCCCAGUCGAUUGUCUUGUGGCAAGUUGAUGUGGACGAGAGUGCCCCACUCUGGUGGACUUUUGUGGUCACCCAUGGCCUUGGCUGGGCUGUCAUCUUUGGUGGUAGCCUUAUAAUGGAUCUGCCAGAGCUGCUGGGCGUCAAGCAGGUCUACUAUGACUUAAAAGAGUACGGCGAGCCCGUAGCUUACAAGUCGAGCGAGCUGCGUAAUCUGUACUCCCAUGUGCGCCAUCCGUCGUUUGUGGGCCUCUCCGUCAUUCUGUUUGCCACGAAUGUGAUGAGCCUAGACCGCCUGCUCCUGGCCUCGCUGCUUACCGUUUAUAUGUACGUGGCCUGGUCCACGGAUGACAAGGAUGUGGCAUACCAGAAGCAACAAUUGCGGAACAAGAAGCACGAGCUGAAGGCUCAGUAAAGCACAACUCUUCUCAUUUAGCUUUAGUUAUAAUUUAACCCGAAAUACGUUGUAUACAUUAAACACUAACUCAUCCUGACAAUAGA